AUGAUUGACACACCAUCAUCAUCUAAUGAUCAAUCAAUAAAUGAACAAAUUUAUCUAAAAAAUAAUAAAAAUGAUCUUCGAAAUUAUUUUAUUGGUUCAACAAAAAUUAUUUUAAAACAAAGUCAAUUACCACCACAUCUUAAUUACGUAUUUAUAUCUCAUCGUAUAAAUCUUCAAGUUGAAUAUAAUCGAAAACGAGCAAUUAAAUCUUCGACAUUUGGAUCAAAUUGUCAAAUAGAAUUUGUUAAAAAUCUUUCGGAACUUUCAAAUGAAAAUAAACUUAAUGAAAAGUGGAAUAUUGUUAUCAAACAAAUACCUGGAAAAUGA